AUGGAUCCGAGCCUCUCCGCUUUGCAUGAUUUGCUGCUCCGGAGUCAACACGAGGCCAGGGCCGGCAAGCCGAAUUCAGAGGGGCAAAGCAGUGCCUCCUCUCUUUUCCUUGACAUGCAGACACAGCGCACCUUAGGUGCUCUGCCUUCGACAAGUUGUUUUGGAUCCAAGGGUCUAUCCGCUGAGGCUCAGUGUGCCGGCACUCGGCCGGUGGACCGGGGUUUUCGAGUUUUCGGAUGGAACCUUGGAGGAUGUUCGGCCGACACGCUUUGCGACUUGGUCAAAACGGCUACACGUGAGGCGGUUUUCGACAGUGAUCUUUUUCUUCUACAGGAACUUCCUCGCUCACGCACAGGUUGGGCGACCACCACCACCAAGGAAGGGUACAGGCUUGUGGGUCAUCAGGGUUCUUCACAGUGGCGAGGGACAGGGCUUCUCUAUUCGCCCCUGGCGUGGUCAGUUAUUCGCAGGGUCGCCAAAGGGAAGGGUACCUGGUUCCUGCUGAAGUCUUUGCGAAGUUCGGUUCAAUUCUGGGUUGCAACCUUUCACUUCACUCCUGGGCUUACGGUUCAGAAGCACGAGCAGGAAGUCCUGGAGUUCCUCAAGGGGCGACCUUCGGACGGCAGGCCUGUCCUGUUGCAAGGGGAUUCCAAUGCUCACUUAGGCUGGGUUGCUGGGUCUGGGGCUGUUGAAGCUCUUGGCCUUGAGGGCAAAUCCAUCAUGAUGCUGGACCAGUUUUCGGCAGCGGGAAUUCGGCUUUGCCCUCCGCCGUCACGGCAGUUCCCGACUCCUACCAGCAGGCCCCGACGCGAGGGCUGUGAGGGUCAUCAGAUCGACUUUGGGGCUACAAAAGGGGUUCCUCUCUACAUCCACGAGGACUCUUACAUGCUGCAGGGCACUGACCACGAACUGCUGGAGCUCCGCUUCUGGCUCAGGCUAGCUGCUCAGUGCACACGACCACGCCCCAGUAAGUGCUUCCGGGACCCCCGUGCGGUGAAGGAGGCCUUUCGACGGGCUAAGACGUCUCGUUCCCCUGCUGCUUGGAAAACCGCUCUUCGCCUUCGUAGAGAGGCUCGUCGGUCCUGGGAGAGCGCGAGGAUUCGAAGGGCUACGGAGGGGGACUGGCAGGCUUUCCGAGAUGAGACCCGGGUUCAAGCGACGGGUUGGGACCUCGUCUACGCUGAUGCCCAAGCCUGUGAUCCUCAUCAGUCUGUGCACCAACACCUUACUGAGGUUUACUCCGGGGAUGACCUUCCUCCACUGCCCCCUUUCGUGGGGCCGGUCCAGGCGUUCAGCAUCGAAGAGCUCACCAAGGCGGUCUCGCAGAUACGGAAGGGGAAGUCGGUUGGGGUUGAUCUCACAUCCAGGGAACUGCUGGACGGCAUCCUGCAGACGACUGGGGGCCCUGAGCACCUACUGGAGUUUAUGAAUCGUACAUUGUGUACACAGACUGUGCCCCGAGAUUGGAAUCGGCCCCUUGUCAUCAUGCUCGCCAAGACUGACUCCCCUACUGCUCCGUCGGACCUCAGGCCCAUAGCAGUUGGCUCCUCAGCAGCCAAACUCUUCUCACGCCUCCUCGUCAACCGCAUCGCUCCUAAACUAGCUCCACGGACUCACUCUCAGUGCGCCUCGUCAGGACGACAGACAUGUGACGUGGUUUGUUCGCUGUGGAAGCUCUGCGAGUUAGAACGAGAAUGGAAGGCAGGGUUAGGGGUGGUCAAGGUAGAUGUGCGAAAAGCCUUUGACUCAGUUAAUCGGGCUGCUCUCCUUGCUGCUUUACGCGCCAGACUCGGCGACACAGCCGAAUACCGGUGCUUCCACGCCCUGCUGGUCGACGUGGAGGCCGUCCUCCAGACUUGCUGGGGCUCGAGUCUGUUGGCCAUGAAGUCUGGAAUCAAACAGGGAUCGAUCGAAUCUCCGAUCCUUUUCUCGUUCCUCAUGGAGGUUGCGUUGGAGCAGGCCAGGGUUAAGUCCUCGUGGGAUCAGGGUUCGCACCUUUUCCAUGACAUGUUGGAGGAGGACCUCCUGUAUAUGGAUGAUGGCUACCUCUGGGGGCCUGACUGUCGUACACUCGGAGUUCGCCUCGGGCAGCUAGCAGAGGUUCUACAAGGAUUUGGUCUGACUCUGAACAUCGCCAAGUGUGUCCUCUACUGUUCCCCCUACUGCCCAGGACCACAUAAGCUCCGACUACAUCGCGUCACCUUGGAGGCCUCUGACCACCUCCCGGUGAUGGGCCUGAAGAUGAGGGUAGGGAUGAGCAUGAGUGAACUUAUACAGCCACUCCUGUCCCGGGCCAGGUCCAAAUUUUGGGGCUUGAAGCACUUGUUCCGCUCAAAGACUCAGGCCAAAGGGAGGGUUCAGCUAAUGCAUCGUGUUAUCUCCAACACUGCUCUCUGGUGCAUCGCCGCUCUUCCCCCUGAUCGUCCGGCGCUCGCCCUCGUCAACUCGUUCCAGGCUCUUCUGCUGACGUGGCUUUUGCGGCUUGGAAAACGAGCCGAUGAGGACUGGCCCGCCUUCCGUAAACGAGCGGUGCGAAGUGCCCGGUACUCCCUCCAUGUGGCAGGGUGUCCCCGGUGGAGCACCUGCUGGCUUACUCGGUGGUGGACAUUUGCUGGUCACAGGGUCAGGGCCUCGCAACAACAGUUUCCCCCGAUCUCCACAAUCCUGGAAAUGUUCCGUGACAGGCAAUGGUGGCAGAAGGCCAAAGAUGCAGGGCUGUCCCACCCGGAACGUUUCUUCGCGCGGCUGCACUCUUUGGACAAGGCCAUGGAUACAGUGUGUGGGGGACCGUGGAGGGUUUAUGCUUUGGAUCGUGCAGCUUGGCAAGCUAAACUUUCGACCUGGAUUCAACAGAGGGACUUGCCUUGGGCGACCGAGCGUGUGAUUCCAAUGUGCGAUCGCCACCCCGGCUUUGGAGCCUUCUACAUGUACUUUCUCUUGCCCGCCCUCGGUACGAUUCUGCCCUUCUUCGCCCAGCUCCCAGGUGUGCUCGCGCCAAUCCCGGAUGACUACGGCAACUGGCCGCCGAUCUGGUUCACAGAGGCAACUCUCCGAGGACGAGACCUGGCAGCACGAGGGCUUCGUAUGUCGGAUGCCCUCGCGAUGCUAGCCCGGACUGCCUCCCACCGCAACUUUGCCACCUACACGAACUUCGCAUCCAGAGCGGCUGUGGCUAUUGGGAACACCUUGGAGCUGCCCGUCUCCAACCUGGCGCCUGAGGAGAUCCACCUGGACCUCCGUGUCUGGGUGACCUUUGUGGAGGCCCAUAUCCUUGAGGAGUUCCUGGAGCAUGAGUACCCCUUCCAGCAGGGACUUUACGAAGGUCUCCGCAAUGUGAACCCGAACCUGGCCUCCCUUCCCGCGCCACCGCAGGAGACCAUGCUCCGAGCCCAACGCCGGGAAGAGUUCAACCAACUCCGACGCGAUCCUCCUUUCAUUCGACACCUCCGUGCCUCUACUGGACCGGCUUUCCGAUCUCACUCCCUCAUGCGGCUUGAGUGGGUGGGCCGGUGCGUGGGCGACUUCCACGAUCUCUACCACGCGGGCUACAACCUGCAUGGGGUCUUCGAAGAAAUGGUGGCCUUCAUCAGAGCCAGGGACAAUGGUAGCUAUCGCUCCCUCGCACUCCCCUAUUACAGAGAAGUUCUCAGCCAGCUGGGCACCUUCUUGGGCUCACCGGACUCUUCCAGGCCGCCACAGGCUUCUGAAUGGGUUGCUGACAGGGAGUCGGAGCUCUGGUACCUCUACAACUACCACGGCUUGAAGGCUCGAGAUGUUGAUGUGGACGACAUUUCGGUUGGCAAUGCUUCUUCGUCCAACCGUUCCUGUGCUGAGGAGGCCGCUGAUGAUGUGAGCUCCCUCAUGGAUCGCAAGGGGGUCAACAAGAGAUGGCUCAAGAAUGCACCUACUCGCCGCCGACGAGCACCUUCUCGCCCGCGGACUCCCCACGCCUCUACUACACCCCGCUCUUUGAAUCGCCCCUCGGCACCUACGACCACUGAAAGGGUGAAUCUGUCAGCCAUGGCGAAGCACAAGUGCCGAGGUACACCGAUGCCGGCCACUACCAGGCCGACGCCCAAGGCACGUCCUGCUGCUCGAGCCCCACUGCCUCGGUCGGAGAAACCUACCCACCGAUCCCCGCCUCAGGCCAGCCGGGAACAAGGAGCUUCGAGGGACAUGCCAGCGUCGUCCUCGGAGGCCGCGGGGGCAGGUGGUACUGGACCUGAUGGCCCUCUCACGGUUGAGGAGGCCCUGGACACAUGGUUGCUUCUUUUGGGGGUCCGGGACAUAGACGAGCCCAUCGGCACAGACGUUCUGCCGGAGAGGGUUACGACCGCCAUUGUUGAAACCUUUUUGGAGCAUAACUUGGCGGACCGCUUGACCUUCACCAUGGCGGUCAAUCGGCUCUUGGGUGGCUUGCUGUCUGCCAUUGGAGCUGCUUUGGAAGACGACGAGUCCAUCUAUAUGCAGACCAGCAUUGCGGAUGCACUUCAACCCCGGACUGGGACUAUGCCGGCAGCGGUGUGGGAGAACUUGUUGCAGAAGUUCCAGAGGGGCCUCGAGGACUUGCCGAAGGGAUUGAGAGCGGUCCAGGUUGAACACCUUCUGAGUUGGCUGGACUACAGGUGCACCCGCGCUCAAGAGGGCUUCCUGUUGGGGCAUCUUCGUGACGAGGGUGCUCAGCUGCUUGCAGUUCUUGUCGCCUUCAGGGAUCAGAACCUAGCAGCCGUCUCGGAGCAGGAGCCUUUCUGCCGAUCAGCGCCUCUAGUCGCUUGGCUCAUGGGAGAAGUCGUCUUCGAGAUCCCUGUCAUGCUCUUCCCGAAACCGCUCCCGGACUCCGACUCUGACAACAUCCCGAACGUGACCGAGCCUCUCCCAGCUACCUUGCCCGCGAUCGACCUCGACACGCAAACUACGGAGAGCACGGGGGUUCUUGCAGUGCAUGCUGAGCCAGGCUCCGGGUGGUCGGCCGGCCAACUACGCCCCCUGGGGGAAGCUCCCCCGCCGGACCUGGAGGACAGCCUCGAGGAAUCGCGGCAAUAUGUGGAUCUUCUCGCGGCGGAUGAACAGGAGGCACGGCAUGAUCGUCUGGUUGAAGAACAACGUCUCCGACGCGAACAAGAUGCCAUUGAGGCGGAAGAGUCGCAGCAGCUUCAGUACCUCGAGGGGCUACAGGAGGAGAAUGCUCUUGCCACACCUUCAGCUGGAGUGGGCCGCAAGCGUCGCAUUUUGGUGGUGGAAAUGUCAACUGGCAGUCAGGAUGAGCCGCGGACGGCACGAUGCAUUCGCCUCCCAAUCUCGGAGGACGGCAUUGCGACCAUGACCUUGCGGCUGUGGAGGGACGAUGAGCCGGAUCAGGAUCUCAUCCCUACUCCGGUCUUGGAGCCUUCACUGCCUGCCGCCCCCGUGCCGCCGACCCAGCUGCUUCCUGCCACUCUGCCGGGGGACUCCGGGGAGGUCGCUGAUGACAACAUUGCGAUCAACUUUGCGGAGUACCAGGAAGUUUUUCAGGCCUGGGCGAAUGGGCGAAUGUCGACCUCCCAGGUGUUGGCGUUGCAUGGACGUGGUGUGCUGAGCCUCUUGGAGUCGCAGUGGGCCUUCAUGGCUGACGACACCUGUGCAGCUGAAGCUCGCCUCGCCGCUCUGCCAGGGGGUCCGGGCUCGGCUUUGCCUCCUGUGGGCGCUGGCUGCCUCGGGUCUGAGGGGGACGACAGUCAGGAGGCGGUUGACACGCUGCUGGAGGAGUGGGAGGUUCUCUUCUCUCGUUGGAAAGGUGGCCUCCUUACCACGGCAAUGGUUGAACGUGAGCUCGGUGGCAAGGCAGUUUCAGAGCUGUACCGGCGAUGGCAGGUGUAUAUGGACGGAGCGACUGCUUAUGCUGAUGGUCAGCGGGGACGUUCCUCUGGCGAUGCUG